ACCAGUGCCCUCCUUCAGUUGCUCAGGUGCUUGCCUGCGCUACGGACGUCAGUUGUUUCUCUCUCUCUGUGCCCCCACCCAAAAUCCCCAAACGAAAGAGAAGACCAUCCACGCGCGUACACUUUUGGGUGCCCCGUUUUGUUUGAUAUUUUUUUUUCACGAAUCACCCGACACCCGAAGAACAUCUCAUCUUCUAAGGAUUCCCUCGCAACCGGCCAUUUGAAGCGAUGUCGUGCUUGAUCUGAUUUCAGGAUUUUUGUCGGUUUUUUUUUCUCUGGACGUUUUCCCAGCUUCUUUCGGUUUUACAAAUCGUCUCGUGUUUGAAGAGCGCGCGCUGAAAAAAUAAAAUAUUUCUUCCAUGGAAAACCUUCUGGGCCUUAACAUGCGGAUCAAUUGUUUCGGUGACAAAGUGUCGAGUCUCCACUGCAAGAUCGUCUUACUCGACGAGCAGCAACUUGUCCACGAAGUCUUGGCUGACUCGACUGGGCAGGACGUGUUGAAUGUCGUCUACCAACACCUGGGCUCCACUUUGUUAGAAACUGCUUACUUUGGUCUUCGCUUUGUCGACGCUUCUCACCAACCGCAAUGGCUGGAUCCCAACAAAAGAGUGCUGCAACAGUUGAAAGGAACUGGCUCGCAGACCUUGUACUUUGCCGUGAAAUUCUACGCCGUCGACCCUUGCAAACUCGUCGAGGAAUUGACCAGAUAUCAAUUCUUUCUGCAAGUCAAGAAAGAUAUACUACAAGGACGGCUGCCCGUGACGACCGAAUUGGCUGCGGAAUUGGCCGCCCUGGCCCUUCAAUCCGAGCUGGGAGAUUACGAUCCUCAACGCUACAAGGCCGGCUACGUCAGCGAGUUCCGAUUUCUGGCCCACCAGAGUCCCGAUCUGGAAACCAAAAUAGCCGAACUCCACAAAACAAUGAGGGGACUCGUUCCAGCCGUGGCCGAGAUGCGUUAUCUGGAUCGAGUGAAAUGGCUCGACUUGUACGGCGUCGAUCUCCAUCCUGUAUUGGGUGAAGAUACGGUGGAAUAUUUCCUGGGCCUCACACCGAGCGGCAUCAUCGUUCUACGCAACAAGACCAAAGUGGGCAAUUAUUUCUGGCCCCGCAUCAGCAAGAUCCAGUUCAAGGGCCGGUACUUCAUGCUGCGCGUCCGUGACAAGAGCAACGACGAGAACACGUUCGGCUUCGAGACGCCGUCAAAGAGCGCCUGCAAAUCGCUGUACAAAUGCUGUUCGCAGCACUUGGCCUUUUUCCGGCUCGUCCAGAUGUCGGGCCCGCUGCUGACGACGACGGCCAGCGCCGCCGCCAACAACACCGCCAAUCACAACAGCCUCAACAGCAUCGGUAGCAAAUUCCUGAAACUGAGCGGAGCGGCGGCACCGACGUCGGCCGCCCUCAACGCCGUCCAACAACAACAACAGGAAUCGCAGCACAGCGAGUCCCCCCCGCAGUUCCGGCGGAUGCCAUCGAGGCGCCACCAACGAAGAAUCGUCGACGGAGCCAGUCACCCGGCGCCUCCGCCGGUGGAUGAGUGCAGUACCAGCGAUAGCGACAAGACCUUGGAUGUCGCUUCAACUUCCAACUUGCUUUCACCCUAUCACUCGAAAGUUGGCGAUGCGAAGCAACAGGUUCCCGUGCUGCUGGGUGGCAGCGGCAAUGGCGUGGACAAUUGGACGGAAGCGUCGUCGGUCCGCUCGCGUCGCAGCCGCAGCCGAAGCCACAGCCGCAAUCGUAAAGAGAAUCGACGCCCGAGCAGCGUCGAUAGCAGCGUCGAAUCGCGAUCUCACCGCAGGAAGAGUCAUCGAAGCCGAAGUCGACACAAUUCGGAUAACGAGAGUGAAGCAUCGCGCGUAUCGGAAUCAGAGGACCGGAAUCGGAGCAACAGUCGGAGACGGAGACACCGCUCCUCCCGCGACUCGUCUGGCAGCGAGUCGGAUCACCAGAGCUCACACCGCCGGUCAAACAGAAGGAACAGACGCCGCAGCAGCCAAGGAUCGACAUACGAACUUGUGGAUUCGGAAGCCCAGUGGCGAGAGAUUCAAGAACGCCAGGGUCUACAGCAAAGCCAGACGGCCACCGUCCGUCCGGCCGCUUCCAGCACUCCCGUUCAACAGCAACCCGUCCAACAGGCGACUGUCCGCAAGGCGACGACGAACGCGGUGAACGUUUCGUCGUCGAGCGCCAACGAUUCGCUGCUGGAUCAAUCGCAAAGCGAUUUGACCACAGUCGAGACGAAUUCGCAGGUGUCCUCCUCGCGCCAUCGCCACCACCGCAAACACAAUCACAGGCAUCAUCACAAGCACAGGUCUCACUCUCGCCAUUCCGAGAAGAGUGUCAAGCCCUCGUUGCCCAGUGAGAUCAUGCCGCAUCUCCAGUUCCAGCUGGUAGAUCCUCCUGUCGGCUCCACAUCGGACCAGCUGAGAGAGAUUCCCUACCAGGUUGUGACCAGUCAGACGCAGCCCACUCCGUCUUCUGCUGUCCACCACACGGCGGACGACAGCAAUGACCAUAAGAGUAAAGUGGCCGACAACCGGAAGCGACACCACUUGCAUCCGGCAACGUACCCGGAGGAGAGGAAGAUCAUAUCGGUGGAUAAUGACAGCCCACCGCCACCUUACUCUCCGCCGCAGAAUGUGGACGCGCUGGCGCAGUCCCUCGGCUCGUUGAGUAUUCCACCUGCCAGUCGAUCACGUGGAAGACUUGACAUAAACACCAAUAAUUCAUCUCUUACUCACUCUCGACCGGCUCGAACGGCGCCCACUUCCAAUCCGCCUCCACCUCCUAUCGCGGCCAGGCCUCCUCCAGCUCCCAUACCGGGACCCAAGCCCAAUAAACCAGCGAGGCCACAGGGUGAUUUCUCAUCGAUUCAAUCUUCGUCGUCAUCGUCUUCAUACUCUCCUCAGUACUCGAUGGCCAGCGCUCCAUCUGCCCAUCACCCGGGAAACAAUGCGGUGGCCAACGGUUACCACUACACACAACCCGGCACCGCAGCGGGUCACGCUCCACUACAGCCCCAGUAUGGCAACAGCAAUAACAGCAUCAACCACCACAACAACAUGCAGUAUCAUCAUCAGGAGAAUCGGCGAGCCACAACUCUGCCUCCACCGCUGCUGCCGCCGCCUCCGCCGGCCAGCAAUUCUUCGGCUUCGUCGUCGUCUUCGGCUUUUAACGGGUUCCAUUAUCCGUUUGCUCCGCAGGCCAACGCACCGGCACCCAUCAGCCCACAUCACGUGGGCCUACCGUUGACUGGAUUUUCGAUUAAUAACCAUUCAAUCCCCUCUCCUCAGGUUCCGACUGGGUUGAAUCAUCAGCAACAGGCCGCGAAGAAUUCUUCUGGGGCCCCGCUGGCCCUGCCGCGUUUGAGCGUGCCCACCAUUCCGGCUCCAUCCAUCCACAACAGCAGCAGCAGCAACAACGGCAUUCACCCAAUGGAGAAACAGAAUAAGUCGUUGAUGCCGAUGUCUCCGCUUGCCAACGGUGUUACGGUAACCAACCAGUUGCAAUCGAACCUUGGCGACAUGCUCUCGCGCCAGACAAUUCAGACGAAAUAUGUCACACGACCGCAGACUCCAGUCACACCCCAGACUUUUGCGAUGAACCCUCCUACUUCUCUCCCUUAUUAUCCUGGGCAAUACCACCAACGCUUAUCCCAGCCUCAGUGUCAGACCAUGACUUUACCAGGCCGGGGCAACCGGUCUGGCAACAACACGCGCACUAAUAUUCAACAUUGUGUGAUGGACGGCAAGUUCGCUAUUCAACCUACGCCGACAUUUGCUUUCCCUGACCAUAAUCCUCAAUCUGCCAACUGGCACGCAAGCCUACCUCGUCUGGUCCGACACCUCCCAGCUGCAGCUCAACAGAAUGGGAACUCGGCCAUUGGUUAUCAAUCGACUUUACCUCCGGAAAAUGAGUUGAAUAACAAUCGACGAGCCUCCAGCCUCGAACUGAUCCUCUCGCCCAUGAGAGAGAGCACUCUACAGCGCAAGAAACGCGCGACGUAAACUUCAACACAGCAAUUAUCGACGAACUGAGGACAUUCUUGUGAACGGCCAUCUACCCACAAAACUACACUUUUUAAUUGACAGUAUUAAAUGGUUUUACAUAAUACACUGUACAUGUUUCGUUGUCAGAUUUUACCAUAUUCAAUCUUUCGUUAAGUGAAACAAUCAAUAUAAUUUUUUUUCUUUUCGAUUACGCAUUUUAGAAAAGGCUUGUCGUGUAAUUACAUAUUAUGUCACUAUACUCAUGAAAACGGUUACAAAUACACAACAUGACAAAACCGUUCUUUUUCAGGA